AUAACCUUUUGUCACCGCGCUUUUCAUCACGCUCAUUCUUCUUUCUCACCGCCAUGACACGAGUCCGAAAACUCGGCGCCGUUGUCGGAGCGGCCAUCGCCACCGCGUACGGAGGCGCCAUCAUUCUGCACGAUCCUCCCAUCUCUGCUAACGAUUAUGGAGGCGGUUCCCGCCUCGAGACGUUACAGAAGCGUCUGCAUGGCCCUGACGCCGUCGCUCCGUCCAGGUUGGCGCAGCAAUCCGCAUUGAUGGCCGCCGGAAAGUCUAAUCCUCUUGAUGUUCUCGUCAUCGGCGGCGGUGCCACUGGCUCUGGUGCUGCGCUUGACGCCGUGACCCGAGGACUCCGCGUCGGGCUUGUGGAGCGAGAAGAUUUUGCUUCCGGAACUUCGUCUCGAUCCACGAAGCUCCUUCAUGGAGGUGUUCGAUACUUGGAGAAAGCUGUCUUUAACCUUGACUAUGGACAAUUCAAGUUAGUGCUUCAUGCACUCGCGGAGCGUAAACGGGUUAUUGACAAUGCCCCACACCUAUGCCAUGCACUGCCAUGCAUGACACCGUGUUUUAGCUGGUUUGAAGUAGUGUACUACUGGAUGGGCUUGAAAAUGUAUGAUUUGGUUGCAGGAAGACAAUUGUUACACCUAUCAAGAUAUUAUUCUACAGAAGAGUCUGUUGAGCUCUUUCCCACUCUGGCAAGGGAGGGAAAAGAUAGAAGCCUAAGGGGCACAGUUGUUUAUUAUGAUGGGCAGAUGAAUGAUGCAAGGCUUAAUGUUGGAUUGGCUUGCACUGCUGCUUUAGCUGGUGCAGCAGUGCUGAACCAUGCAGAAGUGGUAUCCUUACUGAAGGAUGAUGCAGGAAAUCGGAUAAUUGGUGCACGAAUUCGGGACAAUUUAACUGGAAAGGAGUUUGAUACAUAUGCAAAAGUAAUUGUGAAUGCAAGUGGGCCAUUUUGUGACUCUGUAAGGAAAAUGGCCAACAAAAAUGCACAAGAAAUGAUUUCUCCCAGCAGUGGUGUACAUAUUAUACUUCCUGAUUAUUAUUCUCCUGAAGGAAUGGGCUUAAUUGUCCCUAAAACAACGGAUGGACGUGUUGUUUUCAUGUUGCCAUGGCUGGGAAGAACUGUUGCUGGGACUACAGAUUCUAGUACUAACAUUACUUAUCGUCCAGAACCACACGAAGAUGAAAUACAGUUCAUAUUGGAUGCCAUAUCUGAUUACCUCAAUGUUAAAGUACGCCGCACUGAUGUUCUUUCUGCUUGGAGUGGAAUUCGCCCAUUAGCAGUGGACCCAACAGCCAAAAAUACUGAGAGUAUCUCAAGGGAUCAUGUUGUUUGCGAGGAUUACCCUGGUUUGGUCACCAUAACCGGUGGCAAGUGGACUACCUAUCGUAGCAUGGCAGAAGAUGCUGUUAAUGCAGCUAUAAAGUCUGGAAAGCUGACCCCCACCAAUGAAUGUGUAACCGAAAAUCUCCGGAUUGUUGGUGGUGAAGGGUGGGAGCCUUCUUCUUUCACAGUUCUUGCUCAACAGUAUAAGCGCAUGAAGAGUACACAUGGUGGUAAAGUUGUUCCUGGGGUAAUGGAUUCUGCUGCUGCAAAGCACUUAUCUCAUGCAUAUGGAGCAUUGGCUGAGCGUGUGGCUGCCAUUGCUCAGAAUGAAAAUUUGGGUAAACGACUAGCCCACGGUUACCCUUAUCUGGAGGCAGAAGUGGCCUACUGUGCUCGUAAUGAAUACUGUGAAUCUGCUAUUGAUUUCAUUGCAAGGAGGACUCGUCUUGCUUUCCUAGAAACUGAUGCAGCACGAAAGGCAUUGCCUCGUGUGAUUGAAAUAUUGGCAAAUGAGCACAAGUGGGACAAUUCAAGGCAGAAGGAAGAGUUGGAGAAGGCUACAGAAUUUUUGAAGACCUUUAAAUCCUCAAAAAAUGCACAAUUCCAUGAUGGGAAACACAAUUAGUUCUGGACUUGAACGACAAAGAAGCUCUUCACUUGACAAUUGUUUGGGCAUGUUCUCUUCCCAAUAGGUGACCAUGCUUGUCAACGAGAGUAGAUAGUAGCUACACACACAUUAGAAAUCAACCCUUCGGCGAAUUUGUCUCACAAAUUCCUGCCAAAAUAACGUUUGCAAGAUGGAUUCAUUAUUUUGGACAGUCACGGACCAAAGAAAUACUUCUGGAGAUUGAUAUCAAGGAAUGAAGGAUCAUGUUUCAGUUUAACUCGAUCUUUAUAUUUUUAUUUUACUUUCCAAUCCCCCCAUCAAAAAAAGAGUUUUUUGAUAUUGGUUUAAAUUUUACGGAUUACAUGGGAAUAGAAUUGACUUCACUGAAGUAGUUUCAGACAAUACUUUUGCUUUGUAGUGUUAACUUCAGUUUUAAAAGUCUAAAUUUAGAAAAUUGCUAUUUUUUUAAAUGUAAUAAAACUUUUAUUUUUAAUAAUUUUCUCUUACUUUGUAUCAUGCCAUACUUUUAUCAGGUCAGGAUUACAAGGAUAUCAAUCUUUAAUUUAU